AUGGAAACAGAAACAAUUAAUCAGUUAGAAGCAGAGUUAGAGCAAGCUUACCGAGAAUCUUGGAACAAUCCUCAACAAAUGACUGAAUUGCAGAAAUGGGAAAAUCUGCUUAUAAGUCUAUGGAGCUAUAAGAAACAAAAGGAAAAAUACGAGCAAAUUAUUAAGGAAAAAGAUAAACGAAUAGAAUUAUUAUUAAAAAAAGACUUGGUCAAGGAAAAUAUGGACUUGAAAAUAGAAAAUCAAGAAAAAGGAUUAGAGCAAGAUUAUCAAGAAUGCUAUGCUGCAAUCAUUAACCAAAAAGGCGGAGUAGGAAAAAGCACUAUUGCGGUCAAUUUAGCCUACGAAUUAGCCAAAAGUAAAAAAACUUUAUUAAUUGACCUUGACCCGCAAGCUCAUUCUUGCCAAAUUUACCAAAGCCAAGAAAUAAAAACGACUAUUAAAGACUUAUUUCUUAAUCCUCGCGAGAAUAUUCAAAAAGCAAUUAAUCCCGCCCAAAUUAAAGACCAGACUAUAAAUAAUUUAGAUAUCAUUGCGAGCAAUAUCCAACUAGCCAAAGCCACUGAAAGAAUUAAUAACAUUUACCGAGAAAGAAUUCUCGCUAAGCAUUUAAGUAGAAUUCAGAGUAAUUAUGAAUAUUGUUUAUUAGAUUGUCCUCCUAAUUUAGGAAUAAUUACCAUUAAUGCUUUAUACGCCUGCGACUAUUUUUUAAUUCCGGUAACGGCUGAUAAAGGAGCCUUGGACGGCAUGGCCGAUUUAUUAGAAACCGCCGAGGAAGUAAAAGAAACUACGCAGUUUAAUUAUUUUAUUUUAAGAAACAAUAUUGAUAUCAGAAACAAACAAACUAAUCUUUAUUUAAAUAAUGAAUUAAGUGCUUAUGAGAAACAAUUGCUAGAUACUAUUAUUUGCCGGGCAGAAGUAGUUAAUCAAGCCAGAAUAGCCCAAGAACCUUUACAAGUUUUCGCUCCUCAAAACGAAGUAAUUCAGGCUCAUGAGUCUUAUGCUUUUUGGAGUGCUGAAAAGUUUGUUGCUAAAAACAGAAAGUUUGCUACUAGUGAUAGGGAAGUGGCAGAAGAAUAUGAAGAGUUUAAAAACUCCCCUAACUUUUACCAAGAAGCACCCUUUCUAACCAUAGCAGAAGACUUGUUAAAGUUAAUAAAAGAGGGUAAAGUGGAAGAUUUAACUUUUUUAACUGCCAACGAUGAUAGAACAUUUCCAGAAGGAGACAACAGAAAAAAAGUAAUAUUUAGUGAAACCUUUGGCAAACUUGGUAAAUAUUUAGGUUCUUUGCGGAUGAAGUUAUUAGGUUUUGACAGUGAAACCCAAGGACAAACCAAAGCUGAUUGA